UGUGUGUCCUGCAGGAUCAGGUGGUGUUGGCGGUGCGUCAGCAGUACGUUGCCAUCGGCGACCAGGUGGUGACCCUGGGAGACGGAGACGAGGUUGCCGUGGUACCCCCUGUCAGCGGAGGCUAGAGUCCCACGAUGGCCGAGUCGGAGGAGCGGCGAGACGUCUUCAAGCUAAGCCGUGAUUGGCUGUCUGUACAGGAAGUGGUGGACACCGUCAGCAGCACUUCCUGUGGAGCCAUUUCUGUUUUUAUAGGUACGACCCGGGAGGACGAGGUCGGGGGCAGGAAGGUGAUUGGUCUAGAGUACGAGGCGUACGAGCCCAUGGCCCAAUCAGAGUUCAGGAAGCUGUGUGAUGACAUCAGAGAGCGCUAGCCAACCGUGACGCACGUCUGUGUUCACCACCGGCUCG